UAUAACUUGAAUCGGCGGUACAAUAACAUGUUUUGAAGAAUUUUUCACGAAAUUUAACGAAUGAUACAUUAACUUUAAAAGAAAAAUCUCCGAAAAUGGUGCGAACAUCCAACAGAUUAGCACGCAUUGCGAGUGGUGGAUCAACCAAUUCUGGAGAAAAAGGUUCUAAUAUAUCUUUUAGAAGAAGCAGAUCGAAUUCAUCUUCACCCAGCAGCAUUCAUUCUAGCCCGAGCGAUAAUUUGGGUAAUAAAACAGACAACCCUACAUUCAUUAGAAAAAGUAAACGAAAAAUUUGUACUCAAGCUAAAAAUGAUGAAAAUGGGGUAAAUCACAGUGGAACGAUUUUUAUAAGAGGAUUUUAUAUAACCAAAAAGGAUAUUGAAGAAGCCGGUUGUAGCAAACAUAGCCAAUAUGUACCUCAACCGCGAGAUGAAUUAGAAUAUAAUAAAGAGAAUUUUGAAAAUAAUGAGCAGCUUAAUAAGAGAAUUCCAAUGUGUGUUAACCCAACUAAAACAGUUAAAAGAAUGAAAUCCAAUAUUUACAAAAAUCUCGCUAAAUUUGAAACUCUGGGACGAGGUGGUGAAAAAGCUAAUACAGAGACUAAUUCUGAUAUGUUAACAGAGUGAUUUUAAUGUUCUUGUUCCUUAAAUAAUAUUUAUAAUUAUGUUUGAUUAAUUAGUGUUCUAGUCUUUAAUAAAAAAAGUUCUAAAAUUG